AUGAACUUCGCGGCGGCCGCCAAGCGCGAGACGGUCGAGAAGGAGCUGAAGUGCGUCCAGCUGACGGGGCUGGUGGUGCUGAAGAUCGUGAAGCACUGCAACAGCUGCCUGCCGGCCCUGGUCACAGGCCAGCUGCUGGGACUGGACGUGGGAUCGACGCUGGAAGUGACGGACUGCUUCCCGUUCCCGAGCUUGGCUGCUGACUAUGAAACUGCGGCACCAGAAUCUGCCAACUACCAGCUGGAGAUGAUGAGGUGUCUGAGGGAGGUCAACGUGGACAACAACACCGUUGGCUGGUACCAGUCCUCAAAUUUUGGCUCAUUUGAAACUGUGGAACUCCUCAACACAUUCAUAAACUACUAUGAAUCCAUCCGCCGCUGCGUGGCCAUCAUCUAUGACCCCCAGAAGUCAGCCAGUGGCACCCUGGUGCUGAAGGCUGUGAAGCUGAAGGACUCAUUCAUCGAGCUGUACAAGGCCAACAGUGCACCCACUGCUGAGGUGCUGGCAGCACAGGGUCUCAGCUGGCACAACAUCUUCCAGGAGGUGCCCAUCACCAUUCAGAACUCCAGCCUAGUGAGCGCGCUGGUGACGCAGCUGGACCCUGACGAAGCCAUGCUGGAGGAUGAUGUGGACCGCCUGUCCCUGAGCACCACAGGCUUCUUGGAGCAGAACAUGUCAUUCCUGGGGGAGUGCAUGGAUGACCUGGUCCAGGAGCACAGAAAGGUGUCAAAUUACCACCGCAGUGUGCUGAAACAACAGCAGCAAUUCCAGCAGUGGCUGCAGCAGAGGCGUCAAGAGAACAUGCAGCGCAAGGCCAUGGGAGAGGAACCGCUGCCCGAGGAAGACCUUAACAUGUUCAAGCCAAUCGCUGAGCCGAGCCAAAUAGAUGCAUGCCUGAUAACUCACCAGAUGAGCAACUACAGUGAGAGGGUCAGGAGUUUUGCAACGACGUGCUUGGAGAAGCUGUACCUUGCAGAGGGUUUCCAGAAAGCAAAAAUCUGA